AUGCUGAUUCUCACUUUCUUCGACCAGCAUGAGGCUAGUCAAGCGAAUCCUGAGCCCGGCUUAAAAUGCACUGGCCGUGGCUUCCACUUCGCCUGCCAGGAGCAACUGCGGGUCCCAGUAGAUGUGGACGAUAUCGUCGGCACGCAUGUGUCAGAGCUGCUGAUAGUGGCUUCGGGCCCUCUUUGGGAGGAGCGCUGCCUUCGGGACCAGGCCUUGGAGGUGAUCCUGGAGCAUUGCAAGGUGCUCCAGCCAGAGCCACGCCGGGAGGCCUUCGCCUCGGUGCUCCUCCGGCUUGGCCGCAGCGCGGGGACGCAGGCCGUCGCAGAGGCGGCAGUCGCUCUGAGCUGCCGCGCGGAGGCCACUCCCCUUGCGGAGGUCCUCAAGCGGGGCUUGGCGGCCUUCUGGGCCCGCUUCCCCGAGGAGGUCUUCUCGGCCGUUGCUUUCUUGGUGCACACGGCCCUUCGGAUCGACGACACCUCUGCCGCAGAGGCCUUCGUGGAUUCAGCGCCGGGCAUCCGGGAAGAAGCAGACGUCGAGGACCUGGCUUUCGUCGUCCUCUGCCUCCUCGUCUUCUGGCUCGUGGCCAGAGACUCCUCGACCCAGGAUGACACGGUGGCAUCCUCAGAAGAGGGUGGCCCACUUUCUUGGCCGGAGUUUCUUCUAGCUUUUUCUGGGGAACAAGGGACUCCAGUGGAUUGCUUGGACUCCUGGCAGGCGACCCGCGCUGGGGCCAUGGCCGAGAUGGAGGCGAAGGAUGACGAGGAGGAGAAGGCCAAGGACGAGAAGCCGAAGGAUGAAGAGGUUCAGGAGGAGGAAGAGCCGGAUGUCAGUGCCUUCAGGCCCGGGGACAGCGUCAUCACCAUUCGCCGGCGCAUGCAGAAGGCACGCAAGGAGCAGAUGGAGCAGGCUGCCAUGGAGCGGCGGAGUCGCACGCCCUCCCCCAUGGGCAGACACAAGUUGCGUUCCUUUGCCUCGUCCGGGCGCCCGGACCUUGAGGACGCUGCUAUUGAGGCCUUCGAGGCGGCGGCUGCCCGCCGCGUCGAAGUUGCCGACAGCAUGCAGCGGCCACGAAAGGUCGAGCGGUUUCACCAGGAUCUCAUACGGAAGGAGGUGUGGCGUCAGAAGUUCGACUACAUCUUCAAGCAGAUGCAGGCAGGGGUUGAGAUCGAGCUGCAGAAGGACAGGAAGAGCAGAAGGCCUUCGAUUCUUCAGCAGAAAGGCAAAGAGGAGGCGGAAGAUGCCGAAGCUCGGCGUGAGAAAGCCGUCGCAGGCCUCUCGCAGUCCGAGAUCAUGGAGCAAGAGCUGCAGCAGCUCCGCCGAGCUUCGGCGCCUGGCUCCCCUUUGGCCAUCGCGCGCGUGGCGGGGAAGUUGAUGUCUCUGAAGACCGAGACAGAUCAAUCCGAGCCUGCGCUUGCUUCAUCGGAUGAGGAAGAGGACUGGCCGCCUUCGCCCGCUCCUUGCGAUCUGCCGGUGAUCGCGCCUGCACCGAAGCUGCCGCCGGCGGGGUGGCGCAGGACUGGCCCGCAGAAACCGCGGCCUGCGGCGGCGCCGCCCCCUCCCAAGCAUUCUCCCCCGCCACCUGCCGCCGAGCCCACGAGAUCAGGUGGUGCCCGGCGCGGCCGUGCUGGCAUUGGAGGCCUCCUCCGCCCCAGCGCCUCGCUGCCGGCGCUGCGGCCGCCCGCAGAGCUGCUGGGCGUCCGUGAUGAGUAUUACGAGGGCGAUGACCUCUUCAUGCACGAGGCGAAGGCCGGCAGAGGUUCUUGCGUGCUGCCCUGGCCUUUGCUGACGGACACCUUGAUCUGCCUGUCCUCCAAAGACCCGCUGAUCGCGCUUCCGCUGCUUCCGGCCCUGCAGGCUUCUGCGCUCUGGACCGAUGCCUUCCACUCGGCGGCGGCCAGCACCGUGAACCUCAGCGACCUCGAGUGGUUCCUGCUUUUGUAUGUGAAGCACAACCUUUGGAAAGAGGCUUGGCGAGAGGCCUCCAAGGAGCUGCGCGCGUCCGAGGCCCCGAAGCUCUCGCACUUCGGGGGCGCCGUGCGCCCCGGCCCUGGGGUGGGUCACGCCGCAGAGGCGGAGAAGGCAACGCUGGAGACGGCAGCUGCGCGAGAGGCUCUCUUCGAUUGGGCACGGGACCGUCUCGGAAAGGAGAGGCCUUUGUUGGAGCCGCUGCCGGCGACGCAGACCGUCUUGCAGGAUAGCCACUGGAAUGGGCUCCGGAAGAGUAUGGCCUGGCGCGUACUGCUCCCGCUGCUGGACUGCUUGGAGUCCGAGUCCGAUUUCCAGGGGGCCAUGGAGGAGCUCUUGGUGGCAGUGGACGACAGCCCGUGGAUGUUAAAAACAUUGGACCCGCAACAUGCGCAAGCAUUGUUGACGCGGGUUGCUCGGAUACCGCCUGUUCCUGCCGUGGCAGGGCGAAGGGCCAAGAUGGCCUCGAUGUCUUUCAAAGUUCCCCUGUGCAGUCGGAUCAUUCCAGAAGAAGAGUGCAACCUGGCCUUGGUGGACGGUGAGCUCAAGGUCGACGAGGCCAAAGGAGAGCGGAGAGGGGGCUUCGGGUGGCCAGUCUUUGUCUUCAGGGCUAUUCGACUCUUGUCUUCGGCUUUUUUCGCUCCGGGGGCCUCUGGCUUCGAGGCCAACCUGGACCUGUCGCCGCCCGCCUUCACGGGCUGCAAGCAUCCGAUGCUGGGAAACGAGGAGCUGAAGCCCGGGUGCCCCGGCCGCCCGAACUGA